AUGCUUAGUGUUGCUGGCCGCGGCCUUCGUAACGCUGUUUCUACUCGCUGCAUUGCUCUUACUGCGAAAACUAAUGGAGAUGUGAAGCAAGGAGGAAUCGCACAAUAUAAUGUGAUCGACCAUGCUUAUGACGCCGUCGUUGUUGGAGCUGGAGGAGCUGGUCUUCGUGCUGCCAUGGGACUUUCCGAAGGCGGAUUCAAAACUGCUGUGAUUACCAAGCUAUUCCCGACGAGAUCUCAUACUGUUGCUGCUCAAGGAGGAAUCAAUGCUGCCCUUGGAAACAUGAAUCCUGACAACUGGCGCUGGCAUUUCUACGACACUGUUAAGGGAUCCGAUUGGCUUGGAGACCAAGAUGCCAUUCACUACAUGACUCGUGAAGCGGAGCGAGCAGUAAUCGAAUUGGAAAACUAUGGAAUGCCAUUCUCACGUACUGCUGAUGGGAAAAUCUAUCAGCGAGCUUUCGGAGGUCAAUCCAAUGAUUAUGGACGCGGAGGACAGGCUCAUAGAACUUGUUGUGUUGCUGAUCGAACUGGACACUCACUUCUCCAUACACUUUAUGGAGCUUCUCUUCAGUAUGACUGCAAUUAUUUCGUUGAGUAUUUCGCCCUUGACUUGAUCAUGGACAAGGGAGCUUGCGUGGGAGUUGUUGCUCUCAAUAUUGAGGAUGGAACCAUUCACCGCUUCAGAGCCAAGAACACUGUUUUGGCUACUGGAGGAUACGGUCGCGCUUUCUUCUCGUGCACUUCUGCUCACACGUGCACUGGAGAUGGCACCGCUUUAACGGCCCGUGCUGGAAUCAACAAUUCUGACAUGGAGUUCGUUCAAUUCCAUCCAACUGGAAUUUAUGGAGCUGGUUGUCUUAUCACUGAAGGAUCACGAGGAGAAGGAGGCUACCUUGUCAACUCUCAAGGUGAACGCUUCAUGGAGAGAUAUGCGCCAAAUGCGAAAGAUCUCGCUUCUCGUGACGUUGUAUCGCGUUCAAUGACUAUGGAAAUCAUGGAAGGACGCGGAGUUGGCCCAGAAAAAGAUCAUAUCUACCUUCAACUUCAUCACUUGCCGGCUGAGCAACUGCAACAAAGAUUACCAGGAAUUUCUGAGACCGCAAUGAUCUUCGCUGGAGUCGAUGUCACUAAAGAACCAAUUCCAGUUAUCCCAACAGUUCACUACAACAUGGGAGGAAUUCCAACUAACUACAAGGGACAGGUCAUCUCUUACACUCAAGAAAAAGGAGACCAAGUCGUGCCUGGAUUGUAUGCGGCCGGUGAAUGCGGAGCUCACUCUGUUCACGGAGCCAAUCGUCUUGGAGCCAACUCUCUUCUCGAUCUUGUCAUUUUCGGAAGAGCUUGCGCUAUCGAUAUCAUUACAAACAACAAGCCUGGAGUCGGGGUUCCAGACCUUCCAAAGAAUGCUGGAGAGGCUUCUGUUGCCAACUUGGAUAAACUUCGCUUCAAUAAGGGAGAUAUCGCCACUGCUGACCUUCGUUUAACUAUGCAAAAAUCCAUGCAGAAGCACGCUGCUGUCUUCCGUCGUGGAGAUAUUCUUCAGGAAGGAGUCAAGAUUGUCUCAAAAUUGUACAAAGAGCAAGCUCAUCUUAAAGUUGCUGAUAAGGGACUUGUCUGGAAUUCGGAUCUCAUCGAGACUCUCGAACUCCAGAACUUGCUUAUCAACGCAACCCAGACUAUUGUUGCUGCUGAGAACAGAAAGGAAUCUCGUGGAGCUCACGCUAGAGACGAUUUCCCAGACAGAAUUGACGAGUUGGACUACAGCAAGCCACUUGAGGGACAAGUUAAGAAAGAUAUCAAGGAUCACUGGCGCAAGCACUCGAUCAUUCGUUCGAACAUCGAAACCGGAGAUGUUACUCUUGACUAUCGUCCAGUCAUUGAUACUACUCUUGACAAGAGCGAAACCGACUGGGUUCCACCAAAAGUCCGAUCGUAUUAA